AUGUUGGAUCGUGGAUAAGACGGGAAGGUAGUACCGUCUGUUCCGGUAGCCUUUUCACCCAAAAAUCGUUUUCACUGAAAUCAUGGUCUCUCUCUCUUCGCUCGUUUUUCAAGACAGUUUCUAAAUUUAUUAUUGUCACAGUAGCACCGUUAUCUUAAACUAUCAUCUCUUCAUCUCUAUCCGCCUUUCAACUUGUUGUAUUGGGUUCAUUUCCAAAAAAUGGAAAAUAAUGAGGAAGGGGAGGAAACUGCUCCUUCUAGAAAUGAGUGGGAAGUGGUAUCGCUCGCCGAGUCAACAUAUGCUGCUGCCCCUGAUUCAAGAAAGGUUGAUCUCAUUGAUGACAAUAGUGCAGAGUUUGUAGCUGAAACUUCUGAUCCGAUGAUUAUGUCGGGGCACUUUGGCUUUCCACCAAAUCAGCAUGAGACUGCAGCAUUGCCACCAGAUAAUGAUGAGAUUCUCAAUGAGCAGGGAAGAGAAGAUGCUACUCCUGAAUUUGUUGCUGACAAAGGGAUUAAGUCAGAUACACAUGAAGUAAAUUCAAAAACUAAAGGAUUGAGCACAAUGGAAUUUCCUGGAGAUCAAAUGUUCAAUGAAAAGGUUAGCAUCUUAUCCUUAAGCAGUGCAGAAUUUGAAGAAGAUGCAGUCUUGCAGGGGUCAAGUUUGGUGGAAAAAGAGCAGAAUUUCUUUUGUUCUACUGCAUAUAGUUCUUUCCAUAGUGAAGAAUCCAUGGGUGUGUCGGAAACAACAGAAGAAAUCAAUAUGCUUGCAGAACCAGUUGAGCCCUUUCACCAAGGUAUAGACUCUUUCGUAUCUGAUUUGCCAAAAGCUAAAGAUGAAGAUAACGACGAUGCAGAAAAUCUUCCUUGUCAAUUCUGGUGGAAAAGACGGGCUGUUUCACUUAUUGCCCAUGCAAAAGAUGCCAACACAUUCUGGUCCAUUGCCAUUGCUGCAGCUGUUAUGGGCAUUGUGGUUAUUGGCCAGAGAUGGCGGCUAGAAAGGUGGCAGGUGCUGCAAAUAAAGUGGAAGUUUGGAGGCCAUGAUGAGAGAAUUAGCAGGGCAUUUAUUAGCCCCAUGUCCCGUCUGAAAGAAGUGAUGAUUGGGAGUGGUGGUCGUGGUGGUUCCUUUACCCGAGGAAGUGCAUCAAUGCAAUAUUAAGAAGAUGAUGACGAAAAUGAGUUUGUCUGCGUGCAAGUCAUAGCUUAGGUUUGAUUUUCAGUGUACCUAAUAUUAUUUACUUUUGAUUGGGUUUAACUUGUGGAUAUGUUGUUAUGAUGGGGUUGUAAUGGUGGAAUCUACGAGCAAGCACGUCAAGUGACAUUAAUUAAUGGAUUAUGGAUUAUGGAUUAAAAACAAGUAAAUUUUGUAA